GUCUACCUUCCACGCUCCGUCAGCUGCCAGCAUGGUGGACCAAGAGCAACAGCAACAGGACACGGUGCCGAGUGUGGUCGAGUUGAACGUGGGCGGCGUCUUCUACACCACCGCCUUGACGACGCUGACUCGCGAGAGCGACUCGCACCUGGCGUCACUCUUCACCGGCAAGUCCACCGUGGAGAAGGACGCCAAGGGCAAGUACUUCCUGGAUCGCGACGGUGUGCUGUUCCGCUACGUGUUGGAUUUCCUGCGUAACCAGGCGCUGGUAUUACCCGAGGGUUUCCGCGAGCGCGAGAGACUGAAGCAGGAAGCUAGCUUCUACGGCUUACCCGGCCUGGAGCGGGCUAUUUUGGAGAACACCGAGUCCGGCGGCGGGCAAACUGGUGGUGCGGUCGGCAAACGCACACCGGGAUACAUCACCAUCGGCUAUCGAGGUAGCUUCGCCUUCGGUCGCGAGGGUCUGGCCGACGUCAAGUUCCGGAAGCUCUCGAGGAUCCUCGUGUGCGGCCGCGUGGCACUCUGUCGGGACGUGUUCGGCGAGACGCUAAAUGAGAGUCGCGAUCCUGACCACGGCAUGUCUGAUCGUUAUACGUCGCGCUUCUUCCUCAAGCACAGCAUCAUCGAGCAGGCCUUCGACAUGCUGCAGGAACAGGGCUUCCGGCUGGCAGGUAGCUGCGGUUCCGGCACCGCUGGCGGCAAUUCCGAGCAGCUGAAACCCGGCGUGGACUCCGAGGAAAAUCGUUGGAAUCACUACAACGAGUUCGUCUUUGUGCGUGACUAAGGUCGCUAACGCGGUUGCAGCCCCUUCUCACUGCGACUGAGAUGCAUUCGGUUCAUCAAUCAAUCAAUCGUCGUUGGCGGCUCGCACAUUG